CUCAAAUCUACCGAUUUCAGUCAUUUUUCAUUCUUUCUCUUUCAUCUUCACCACUUUCAAAUUUUCUGCAAUUAUAUUAAAUUUCACAUUUAUUGAAGUUUCAGCUGAUUAAUUACAGCUGAUAAUUAAUCCAAUCACAAAACCCUAAAUUUUCACCGAAAAGUUAGCUUCAAUUUUUUGAUAUAAAAUUCAGAAAUAUAACUGACGAACAAGAAAUUGCGAAGAAAACUUGAUUAGAUUCUCAAAGGAGCUUCGUUUUUUCCAGUAAUUUUGUGGCGGUGGAAUAUGAAUUCAAAGCUGAUUCAAUUAAUUUGGAUUCUUGUCUUUGUAGCUCCCUCCAUCGUCAGAUCAAAUUCUUUUUCCUCCAAUUCACUUCUCGGCAUCUCCCCUGAAGAUGGAAAGUAUUACAACACAGCGUCAGAAUUCAUAAAAUGCAAAGAUGGAUCCAAGAAAAUUAAUCGGAGUCAGCUUAAUGAUGAUUUCUGCGAUUGUGCUGAUGGUUCCGAUGAACCCGGGACUUCGGCGUGUCCAAAUGGAAAAUUCUAUUGCCCGAAUGCAGGGCAUAUCCCUUUUGUAUUAUUUUCUUCGAGAGUAAAUGAUGGCAUUUGUGAUUGCUGUGAUGGAAGUGAUGAGUAUGAUGGUAAGGUUAAGUGCCAAAAUACAUGUUGGGAAGCUGGGAAGGCAGCUAGGGACAAAUUGACAAAGAAGAUUGCAACAUUUCAGGAGGGGGUUGCAUUGCGAAGAAAAGAAAUUGAGCAAGGGAAGCUAGCUUUUGCCAAAGAUGAGGCUGAGUUGGCCAAGAUCAAGAAUGAGGAGAAAGUAUUGAAGGGCCUAGUUCAACAACUCAAGGAGCGUAAAGAACAGAUUGAGAAAGCAGAGGAGAAGGUACGUUUAGAGAAGGAAAAAGAAGAAAAGCUCAAGGAGGUGGAAAAUGAAUCUGAUCCGAAGAAAACAGAAGAUGAGGAGGUGGUGGAAAGUGGGAAGGAAAAUCAUGGUGAUAGUACAAAUGAUGAUGUCAUAGGCAAUCUUGAUGAAUCUUUAGAGAAGGGUGUUGAAGAAGUGGAUUCCAAGAUUGACCCAGCUGAUGGGGCUUCUAACAAUGCAGCUGAGCUGCCUGCAAAGGAGAACAAUGAAGAGCACGCUGUUGCAUCUGAAUCUGAUUCUGAACAUGAAAAGGAGCACGACACAGCCGGAUUGGAAAAUACAGAAGGUUUGUCUAAGGAAGAACUGGGCCGUCUUGUUGCUUCUCGUUGGACAGGAGAAAAAGCUGAACACAAGCCUGGAGAAUCUGAUGUAGUGAAAGAUAAUGAUCAUGUGGACGAGAUACCCAAAGAUGUGAAUGAGGAAGAUUAUGAUGGCUACGCUUCAGAACUUGAAGAGAAUGACCACAAAUAUGAUGAAAAUUAUGCAAAUGACCAUAAGUAUGAUGAAAAUGAUGCUGAUGAACACUUGGAUGAUGAUUUUAAUACAGGGGAUCAUGAGGAUUCCAGUUCAUACAGGUCAGAUUCCGACGAUGAAUCAGUAGAGCCAGAUCUAACUGCCUCAAGUAAUCCAUCUUGGUUGGAGAAAAUACAAAAAACAGUGAAAAACAUCCUUCAGGCUGUUAACUUGUUUCAGACUCCAUUGAACAUAUCAGAUGCUGCUCAAGUUCGAAAGGAAUAUGAUGAAUCAAGUGCCAAAUUAUCGAAAAUACAAUCAAGGAUUUCAAGUUUAUCUGAAAAAUUAAAACUGGACUUUGGACCCGAAAAGGAAUUUUAUUCACUCUAUGAUCGCUGUUUCGAGACCAAGCAAAACAAGUAUGUUUACAAGGUCUGCCCUUAUAAAAAGGCUACCCAAGAGGAAGGACACAUGACCACGCGUUUGGGACAGUGGGAAAGAUUUGAGGACUCGUACAAAACCAUGCUCUUUUCAAAUGGUGAUAAAUGCUGGAAUGGACCUGAUAGAAGUUUAAAGGUCAAGCUCAGGUGUGGCUUGAAGAAUGACCUUGCUGAUGUAGAUGAACCAAGUCGUUGCGAGUAUGUUGCUUUGUUAUCAACACCAGGUGUCUGUGUUGAAGAAAAGCUCAAGGAGUUGCAAGAAAAGUUGGAUGCCUUGAACAGACAGCAACCGCCCAAUCAUGAUGAGCUAUAGAGUCUGUGAGGUGAAAGAUUGGAUAUUAUACUCUGAAGAUGAUUCGCACCCUCUUGCUGGAAGCUGAAGUAGUACCUGGUACUGGUGCGUGAUGUUUCUGAGCAGAUUUUGCUGCUAAUAGUUCUAAACAGAUUAAAGCUCCCAGGUGAUUAACGACAACAGGUCAGAGACAGCCAAAUUUUAUCCUGUUAUUGAUGACACUGUUCAUUUGAACCAUUGAGCCCAUAUGAAAGAAUCUCACGGCGUAAUUAAUUGUAAUAGUCUAAUAGAGUUAAGAUUUUGAUAUUUAGGAUCAGCCAGUUACAUCAUCAGGAAUCUUUAACAAUCUUAUGGUGAUUGGCAUAAUUUAUCUGCUGUCAAGAGGGUUGUGGAUUGGAUUUAUAUUUUAUACUAAUUCAAUGUUUUGGUCAGUUAGCAAAUAGACGUGCUGGUUAACAUAGGUCAUAAGGUAAUUGGGAAUCAUGAAUUUCUUUUCACCUGUAGUAUGAUUUAUGAGAACUUUCAUCUUAUACAUUCACAGGGCAUUAAGGCAAGCCCUAACCUAA